AUGUUCAGCGAUAUCAAGACAGCGUUGACAAAGAAACGUAACAAGCCACGCCUGCUGCUCGCACUUUACGCACGGCCCAAGCACCCCGACGCCCCCCACUAUGCGCUCCUGCUUACGCCGAACCUCAAACUCGGGACUCAGAAAUUAGGAUGGAACCCAGAGCCUAUCCCAGCGACCAAAUACCACGUGAAAAACACAAUUCAAAAGAUCAAAGAUGUGCUCUGCCAGCCAUGGAUUUUCGAGCAUGUUGACGUUCCCGACAUAGAUCGGGACCGCAAUAUUCUCGUGUGCACGGUCAUUGCAAAGGUUCUAUCGACGGAACAUUUAGAGAAGGUCAUGUUGGAGACCCACAUUUACCAAAAGGACGACCCGAUACAAUUCAAAGCACGCGACUUUGACUGCAAGAUGUGGUGUCACGACGCCUAUGACGAACUUCGGAAAUCAGGGGCCAUCGUUGGGUUGGACUGGCGCACCGCCGAAGGCGGUACGAGGGCUGUGUUGAAUCAAAGACAUGGUGAGGGACGCUGGGCCUCGUCUAUCACGGGCGAAUGUCGUAACACGCCCUUUGUUCCCAUCGUGGAUCUAUUGAGCGGGGCCCUCAUUAGGGGUUAA